CUUAUCAACUCAAUUUUCACACGUGGCUCUUGUGAGCUUGCAAAUGCUCAAACCAGAGAAACUAGCGUUCUCCAUUUGCCGCCAAUUUCCUUCACUCAAACCCGGACAACUUGAGGAAGCACGACGCGAUCUUGUCAGAGACUUUCUUUGCCGGCUGCGAAAAUGCGUCACCGUGAACCAAUUGCGAGAGAUUCAGGCCCAGAUGUUGCUGAACUCCGUCGACAAACCCAACUUUCUGGUUCCCAAGGCCGUCGAUCUUGGAGACUUCAGUUAUGCCUCUUUACUCUUCUCCGCGACGGAAGAACCAAACCACCACUCCUACAAUUUCAUGAUCCGAGGGUUGACCGACACGUGGCACGACCACGGGGCGGCUCUGUCGCUGUAUCGCCGGAUGAAGUUUUCUGGGUUAAAGCCUGACAAUUUCACAUACAACUUUGUUGUCAUCGCGUGCGGGAAUCUCCCGGAUCUGGGUGUCGGAGUUGAGCCGGAAGAGAGGACGUUGGUGAGUGUGUUGGGUGCUUGUUCACACUUAGGGGAUCUGAGAACUGGUAGGUUGCUGGAGGAGAUAGCCAUCACGAAGAAGAUAGGGUUAAGCACGUUCCUCGGGCCUAAGUUGAUCAGUAUGUAUGGAAAAUGCGGCGAAUUGGAUUCGGCCAGAAGGGUUUUCAAUCAAAUGGUUACGAAGGAUCGUGUUCCUUGGAAUGCUAUGAUCACUGUAUACUCGCAAAAUGGGAGGUCGAGCGAAGCUAUUAAGCUGUUUCUUGAAAUGGAAGAAAACAGAGUUUCCCCAGACUCGGUCACGUUUUCUACGGUACUGUCUGCUUGUGGUUCAGUUGGAGCUCUUGAGUUAGGCAAACGGAUCGAGACAUACGCUUCAGAAACAGGACUGCAACAUAACAUCUACGUGGCCACAGGACUAGUCGACAUGUACGGAAAGUGCGGAAGCAUAGAGGAAGCUUUUAGAGUAUUCGAAGCCAUGCCGGUGAAAAACGAAGCCACUUGGAACGCAAUGAUAUCCGCAUAUGCGCAUCAUGGACACGCCGAGGAAGCUCUGAUGCUGUUUGAUCGAAUGUCAGUUCCUCCAAGUGAUGUUACAUUCGUAGGAGUGCUCUCUGCCUGUGUGCACGCGGGUUUGGUCGAUCAGGGCCGUAGAUAUUUCCGUGAGAUGAGUUCUUCAUUCGGGUUGGUCCCGAAAAUCGAGCAUUACACAAACAUGAUCGAUCUCCUGUCUCGUGCGGGGCAGUUAAACGAGGCUUGGGAGUUCAUGGAGAGGUUUCCUGGUAAGCCAGACGAGGUCAUGUUAGGAGCGAUUCUUGGAGCGUGUCAGAAGAGAAAAGAUGUGGUGAUCGGAGAGAAAGCGAUGAGGAUGUUGAUGGAGAUGGAAGAAGCGAAGAACGCAGGGAAUUACGUUAUCUCUUCCAAGGUUUUUGCUGAUAUGAAGAUGUGGGAUGAAUGUGCGAAGAUGAGGGCGUUGAUGAGAGAGAGAGGCGUGGUGAAGACGCCGGGAUGUAGCUGGAUUGAGAUCAACGGUGAGCUAAUGGAGUUUUAUUUGCAGUGUGGCAGUGAAGAUUCCGGUUCGAUGUUGGGUUUGUUGGUAGAGGAGAUGAAGAGGGAAAGGUAUGAUGACUCUUCAGGGGAAGUU